UCGCUGGACAUCGACAGGGAAUCAGUGCAGAAGCAGCAGCAGCUGCCGUCGUUGUCAUCAUCGUGGCGGGCUGCCGCGGCCAGCUUCAGGGAGAGCCUGUCACGAUCCCUCUCCCUCAACCAGCAACACGAUCAGGAGAUCAAUGACGAUGAGGCCGAGCUGAAAUGGGCGGCCGUCGAGAGGCUGCCCACCUUGGACAGGCUCCACACCUCGCUGCUCCAUGGAGAUGGAGACUCAUUGGAAUUGCAAAUGGUGGACGUGCGCAGGCUGGGGCGGCGCAUGGUGGUGGACACCCUCAUCGCCAACAUCCACCGUGACAACCUCCGCCUGCUCCGCAAGCAGCGCCAGAGGAUCGACAGGGUCGGCGUCCGCCCGCCCACGGUGGAGGUGCGCUGGCACGACGUCUGCGUGGAGGCGGAAUGCCAGGUGGUGCAGGGGAAGCCGCUCCCCACCAUCUGGAACGCCGCCAUCUCCAACCUCUCUGCGGUAAGCAGCAUGCUUGGCUUCAACCGCCAGCAUGCCAGGAUCCGCAUCCUCAAUGGUGUCAGCGGCGUCGUCAAGCCUUCCAAGCUGACGCUUCUCCUGGGACCCCCGGGCUGCGGCAAGACUACACUCCGCAAGGCGAUCGUAGGGAAGCUCAAUGCCAAUCUCAAGGUCACAGGAGAAAUCGAAUACAAUGGUGUGGGGCUGAGUGACUUCAUUCCGGAGAAGACGGCAGCUUACAUCGAUCAGUAUGAUCUCCAUGCCCCCGAGAUGACCGUCAGAGAGACCAUCGACUUCUCUGCAAGAUUCCAGGGUGUUGGCAACAGAGCAGAAAUCAUGAAGGAGGUGAUUAGAAGGGAGGAGGAGGCCGGGAUUACCCCUGACCCUGAUGUUGACACUUAUAUGAAGGCAAUAUCUGUGGAAGGUUUAGAAAGGAAUAUACAAACGGAUUACAUUAUGAAGAUCAUGGGACUUGACAUAUGUGCUGACUUAAUGGUGGGAGAUGCAAUGAGAAGAGGUAUUUCAGGUGGUGAGAAGAAGAUACUAACCACAGGAGAGAUGAUAGUAGGACCCUCAAAAGCGCUCUUCAUGGAUGAAAUAUCAACUGGGUUAGAUAGCUCCACAACCUUCCAAAUUGUUUCUUGCCUCCAACAGUUGGCUCAUCUCUCAGAAUCUACAAUACUAGUCUCACUUCUUCAACCAGCACCAGAGACUUACGAGCUUUUUGAUGAAAUUAUCUUGAUGGCUGAAGGAAAAAUUGUAUACCAUGGAUCUAUGAGUUGCAUUAUGAGUUUCUUUGAAUCAUGUGGAUUCAAGUGCCCUGAAAGGAAAGGUGCUGCUGACUUUCUUCAAGAGGUCUUGUCAAGAAAAGACCAACAACAAUAUUGGAACCGCAGAGAAACAUACAACUUUGUUACUGUUGACCAGUUUUGUGAGAAGUUCGGCGUAUCUCAAAUUGGUCAGAACCUUGUUGGGGAGAUUUCAACGCCUUAUGACUAAUCAAAAUGGCAUGAAAAUGCCUUAUCUUACAGUAUCUACUCGUUAUCCAAGUUGGAACUCCUCAAAGCAUGUGUCGCUAGAGAGCUUCUCCUCAUGAAACGAAAUGCCUUCAUCUACAUUACAAAAACUCUUCAGCUUGGACUACUUGCUGCUAUUACUGGGACGGUAUUUUUGCGCACACAUAUGGGUGUUGACAGAGUUCAUGCUAACUAUUACAUGGGUUCACUAUUCUAUGCACUGCUCCUGCUGAUGGUGAAUGGAUUUCCUGAACUUGCCAUGGCAGUUAGUAGACUACCGGUCUUCUAUAAACAAAGAGACUACUACUUCUAUCCUGCAUGGGCUUAUGCUGUACCAGCUUUCAUCGUCAAGGUUCCAGUCUCGUUAGUUGAGUCAAUAGCUUGGACAUCAAUAUCUUACUUCCUCAUUGGCUAUACUCCAGAGGCAUCUAGAUUCUUCUGUCAUCUUCUUGUCCUCUUCCUAAUCCACACUGGAGCAUUCUCAAUGUUCAGAUGUGUUGCCUCUUACUGCCAAACAAUGGUGAUUGGUUCAGUGGGUGGUACAAUGUCAUUUCUAGUCAUCCUUCUAUUUGGGGGUUUCAUCAUUCCUCGUUCAUCCAUGCCUAAUUGGCUUAAAUGGGGAUUUUGGCUCUCUCCGUUAUCAUACGCUGAGAUAGGCUUAACUGGAAAUGAGUUCUUGGCACCAAGAUGGAUGAAGUUCACAGUAUCUAGUAUGACACUUGGAAGAAGGAUACUAAUGGACAGAGGGUUAAACUUCUCCAGUUAUUUCUACUGGAUUUCAAUUGGAGCAUUGAUUGGGUUUAUUAUGUUAUUCAAUAUAGGUUUUGCCACCGGUUUGACUGUUAAAAGGCCUCCAGGAACUUCUCGAGCUAUUAUUUCUCGUAAUAAGUUUACCACAUUUAAUGGAAAAGACCAACAUACAUCCGAGGACAUUGAAGAUGGGAUGCAUAAGUCACAAGCGGAAAAUUCUUCUAAUCCAAGCAGGACUGGAAGGAUGGUAUUACCUUUCACACCCCUUGCAAUAUCAUUUCAGGAUGUGAACUACUAUGUGGACACACCUGCGGAAAUGACGGAGCAAGGUUACAUGGAGAGAAAACUUCAACUACUCCAUAACAUCACAGGAGCCUUCCAACCAGGAGUCCUCUUAGCACUAAUGGGGGUUACUGGGGCGGGAACAACCUUGCUUGAUGUUCUUGCUGGGAGGAAAACUGGUGGUGUUAUCGAAGGAGAUAUAAAAAUAGGAGGUUAUCCCAAAUUUCAACAAACAUUUACAAGGAUAUCAGACUACUGUGAACAAACUGAUGUUCACUCCACACAGAUCACAGUGGGCGAGUCGGUUGCAUAUUCAGCCUGGUUGCGCCUUCCAAUACAUAUCGACUCCAAAACACGAAAUGAAUUUAUCAAUCAAGUUCUUGAAUCAAUUGAGUUGGAUGAAAUAAGAGAUGCCUUGGUUGGAAUACCAGGGACAAAUGGACUAUCUACGGAGCAACGGAAGCGGCUCACAAUUGCAGUUGAGCUUGUAUCCAACCCUUCAAUCAUAUUCAUGGAUGAGCCAGCAUCAGGCUUGGACGCAAGGGCAGCUGCUAUUGUCAUGCGUGCAGUGAAGAACGUUUCGGAUACAGGUCGAACCGUUGUGUGCACUAUUCACCAACCAAUUAUAGAAAUAUUUGAGGCAUUUGAUGAGCUGAUGCUAAUGAAAAGGGGUGGAGAGUUGAUCUAUGCCCGGCCGCUUGGACAUCAUUCAUGUGAGAUGAUCCAAUAUUUCCAGGCAAUAUCUGGGGUACCUAAGAUCAAGGACAACUACAACCCUUCAACAUGGAUGCUAGAAGUUACCUCAACAUCUGUGGAAACUCAACUGGGAGUUGAUUUUGCACAACUCUAUAGGGACUCAUCAAUGUACAAGGAUAAGGAUGAACUCGUAAGACGCUUGAGUAUACCUCCUUUGGGUAGAAACAAUCUCAAUUUCCCAACACGGUAUCCACAGAAGUUUCGGGAGCAGUUCAAAGCUUGCCUUUGGAAGCAAUGUUUAUCAUAUUGGAGAACCCCUUCAUACAACUUGGUGCGAAUUGUGUUCAUAACAGUCUCUUGCAUUGCCUUUGGGGUGUUAUAUUGGCAGCAAGGCAAUAUAAAUCGCAUAAAUGACCAACAAGGUCUGUUCACCAUAUUGGGAUGCAUGUACGGCACUACUCUGUUUGCUGGCAUAAACAACUGCCAAUCUGUGAUGCCAUUUGUCUCGAUUGAGCACUCUGUCGUGUACAGGGAAAGGUUUGCUGGAAUGUACUCUCCCUGGGCUUACUCAUUUGCACAGUACGUCGCCAUGGAGAUUCCUUCUGUGUUUGUGCAAAUAGUGUUGUUCAUGUUCAUAGCUUACCCAAUGAUAGGGUAUGCAUGGGAAGCAACAAAGUUUUUUUGGUUCUUGUAUACCAUGUUUUGUACGCUACUACUCUACUUCCUCUACCUUGGAAUGAUGAUGGUGUCAAUCACCCCAAAUAUCCAAGUGGCGUCCAUAUUAGCAUCUAUGUUCUACACCAUACAAAAUUUCAUGUCCGGCUUCAUUGUGCCUGCACCACAAAUACCAAAAUGGUGGCUAUGGCUGUACUACACAUCCCCCAUGUCAUGGACAUUCAAUUUAUUCUUCACUACCCAGUUUGGUUAUGAGGAUGAUAAGAAGAUUGAGAUAUUUGGAAAGACAACUUCAGUCGCAGCAUUUGUGAGAGAUUACUUUGGUUUUCAUCGUGACUUGCUACCACUGGCAGCUAUAGUUUUGCUGGCCUUCCCCAUCUUCUUUGCCACUCUUUUCGGUUACAGCAUUUCAAAGCUCAACUUCCAAAGGAGAUAAAUCUAUAAUUAGUUAAAAGCAAAAUUGAUUGCAUAGUGUAGCAUAAAUUUUUCAUCGUACAUAUGUAUUUAUAGAAAAAUAAUUUUAUGUUUGCUUGCCAACAUUAAACUAGUGACUUGUAUAUAUAGAUAUGUACCACGCUGUUACAAAUAGUGCUUGAAA